AUCUUAAAAAAAGCUGGAUAUACCAGACACCUGGCAUGCUAAAGUUUUAUGCAAUCGUAAAUACAAUGUACAUAAGACAUUUAAAUAACUUCCUUUUUAUCGUAUCAAUAUCACGUGUAUUAUUUACAUGAUGGACUUCAAUAAGUUGUAUUCAAUAAUGACACACAGAGGCGAAAAAAUAUUUUAGUUGUAUUAUUUCAAUACAAAACCGAAAAAGUGGGAUUUGACGGACGAAGAAAACUUAUUUUGCCCACUAGAUGGAGGUAAAAACUCAGCUUUUCCAUGUCGCCGUUUAAGCGAGUGUCAUCCCUAAUCUUUAACGUUGUUCUUGUCACGCUCCACUAAAAACUCCGAAAAUAUAAUGACGACAUGGCAUGCUAAUGAUUAGCUCAUGAUCUGUGUUAGCUCUGUGUCGGAGUUAUUGGACGCUUCCGCCUGUAGCGGUGACGUAGAUCGAGUCAUCGGUGGAGUGGGCGCGCCCCCCUCUUAAGUGGCGUUGCUCGGCAGCACUCGGCUUUUCUCGUGCGCCCCACGAACCGACCUACUUCGCAGUCAACCUCAAACUUUGACCGGGAAAAAAACAUCUGUGGUGGAGAUGCUGACUGACCGAUGAUCUGACAGAGGAAGACGUCAGACACGGUCUCCGCGCUGGUUAUUAUGGGGUGUGCUUGUUGCAAGAAAAAGAAGGCAGCAGAAACACCAGCCGAACACAUAAAUGCUGGAGCUUUGUCUCCUAGCAACACUGGUGGGGGGUCGUCUGUAGGCUUGACUCCUGAGCGCUACUUUCCUGACCCCACUCCGGCCAUACCGGACUUCAUCUUCCCAAACACCAAUUCCGACCUGCGGCCAAGUGCCAUCACAAGUGGUGGAGUCACUUUCUUUAUUGCGCUCUACGAUUAUGAUGCUCGAACUGAAGAUGACCUCACGUUCCAGAAAGGAGAGAAGUUUCAGAUCAUCAACAACACAGAGGGCGACUGGUGGGAGGCUCGCUCUUUGGACACCGACAAAACUGGAUACAUCCCCUCCAACUAUGUAGCUCCAGUAGACUCGAUACAAGCAGAGGAGUGGUAUUUCGGGAAGAUGGGUAGGAAGGAUGCAGAGAGGCAGCUGCUGGGAUCAGGAAACCCAAGGGGGACUUUCCUCAUACGAGAGAGCGAGACCACCAAAGGUGCCUAUUCUCUGUCCAUCCGAGACUGGGACGACAAGAAGGGCGACCAUGUCAAGCACUAUAAGAUCCGAAAACUGGACAACGGUGGAUACUACAUCACCACAAGAUCUCAGUUUGACACAGUGCAGCAGUUAGUAGAUCACUACACAGAGCGUGCGGCAGGCCUGUGCUGCCGUUUGAUUGGCAGCUGUAAGCGAGGCAUGCCUAAGCUGGCCGAUUUAUCGGUGAAGACCAAGGAUAUGUGGGAGAUUCCUCGUGAAUCCCUACAACUGAUUAAGAAACUGGGCAACGGCCAGUUCGGGGAAGUCUGGAUGGGAACUCAUGAUGGAUUGUGUUAUUACCUGACCAAACCCUGUCCUAACUCCACCCCCCUCACCAUGGGCCUGGGGAAAGAUGCCUGGGAGGUUCCCAGGUCGGCGCUACUCCUACAAAGGAAACUGGGGCAGGGCUGCUUUGGGGACGUGUGGAUGGGAAUGUGGAACGGUACCACCAAGGUAGCGGUGAAGACUCUGAAGCCUGGAACGAUGUCCCCUGAGGCCUUCCUGGAGGAGGCUCAGAUCAUGAAGAGGCUCCGGCAUGACAAGCUGGUGCAGCUCUACGCCGUCGUGUCAGAGGAGCCAAUUUACAUCAUCACUGAGUUCAUGAGCCAAGGAAGUUUGCUAGACUUUUUAAAAGAUGGCGAGGGACAAAUCCUGAAGCUGCCUCAGCUGGUGGACAUGGCUGCGCAGAUUGCGGCGGGGAUGGCAUACAUCGAGAGGAUGAACUACAUCCACCGUGACCUGCGAGCCGCCAACAUCCUUGUUGGAGACAAUCUGGUGUGUAAGAUUGCUGACUUUGGGCUGGCUCGACUCAUUGAGGACAACGAGUACACAGCGAGACAAGGGGCGAAGUUCCCAAUAAAGUGGACGGCUCCAGAAGCGGCGCUGUACGGACGCUUUACCAUCAAGUCAGACGUCUGGAGCUUCGGUAUCCUACUGACUGAGCUCAUCACUAAAGGACGUGUGCCGUACCCAGGCAUGAACAACCGUGAGGUGCUGGAGCAGGUGGAGAGGGGCUACAGAAUGCCCUGUGCCCUCGGUUGCCCUUCCUCCCUCCAUGAACUGAUGCUGCAGUGCUGGAGGCGGGAGGCUGAUGAGAGGCACACUUUCGAGUACCUCCAGUCUUUUCUAGAAGAUUACUUCACGGCGACAGAGCCUCAAUACCAACCGGGAGAAAACUUGUAACCACCUGCCGUGGAGAAAUGUGGUCGCACCAGCAGACAUUUAUAUUCAUAUUUGAACCACCCCCCCCCCUUCCCACUAAUAGGGACACUGGCCAUAUCAUUGCCUAAAAUCUUUUCAGUUUCCCACCCUCUGCUCUUGAUCACUGCAGACCGUUCAGGACACAUCACUCAAGCAUGAUGAAGAGCAGACUUGGACCUCGGCUGGUCAGGCUUUGCAGUAUUGUUACUUUACUCUGUAACCAUGACAACAAGAAACUGAAAGAAGAUGUAGAUGGUUGUGUUAAGGUGGGGGGGUUCUGUUCAGCUGCCACAUAUGUUUGAAUCCUUUGAUUCUGUUGCCUGGAAGCCAAAUUUAAGCGGGUAUACAUGUGGUUAGAAUACAGAGAAGACCUGUCGCGCAACAGGUUUCCUUUUUGUCUGGAAUAUCUAGGUGAACCCAAUGACCUGGAGAAACGCGCAUGUAUCUUUGAACUGGCCGUCUAUAUCCAGACCAGCUUUCUACUGUCAUCAUAUUUUUAAGUAAAACAACUGUAAUACUGGAUCUGUAUGUCAGAGAGAUGUGUUUUAUACAAGUUCUUGUUGUUUUAAUGGACCACCAACAUAUCAGAGUGUCACAAAGACAUCUGUCUUCAGUGAAUUGGGAGGACGGCGUCAGAUGAAACACUGAAACAAUUGUGGCAAGAAUGUAUCCAAAAGGAUGGUAAUUUCCAAUUGUUUUGUUGUAAUAAAUAUCAAUUAUUAAGUUA